AUGGCCGCCCGCGGCGUUGUCGCCGAGGCAGCCAACGUGCCCGCCCAAGGCAUGAAGUCGCUCGGCGUCCACAUGUGCGUCGAGGGCAUGACGAGCGACGUGCUCGUUGCUGCGUGGGAUAGGGCGAAGAACUUGAAAAAGGCCACCCCCCUUGGCAAGCCGAAGAUCGACGGCAGUCUCGACCGCAAGGGCUCGGUGGACGUUUACGACCUGCCCGUCAAGCCAUGGAGCGCUCGCGGCAACGCCUCCAUAAAGUCCGUUGUCGACAUCGUCACUGACGUCGACGCCGCCGAGAUGGCCGCUGUGGACUGGGCCAAGGUCAAAGACAUUAUGGCAGAAGGCAAGUACAAGGAAUUGCCGCCGCCGUUCUGCUUCAGCGACCCGGAGGCAGAGCCCCCUUGCACGAUGAAUCUUGCCGUCGCACAGAGAGUCGCAGACGGACUCCCAAUCGUCGUGAAGUGGAUUCAGUUCAUUGGCGGGGAGAAGAGCCCCUUCGUGAGGGACAGCAUUAUCCGCGGCAACAUGCACGUUUUGGACUGGCGCAAGGACGUGUUCAACUCUGCCCGCACGAUGCAGAUCCUGUUCGAACGCCUCGGUGGUGUCCAAGCGCGAUACUGGGAGUUCGUGAGCGCGCCCGCGCCCAGAGCUGGCGGCGGCGACGUUGACGUCGAUCAGAAGAAGAAGGAGCUCUCGGCGGGCAUCCAGCACAUUAAGGACGAAGCCCCACGCACAAAUGCUGACUGCGAACAGCUGGAGUGGGUAGAGUGCGAGCUGGUGGACCCUUCGUCGCCAAUUCACAACCUCAGGCGGGAGCUCAUCAACGCGGUCCUCAAGGUGCUGCGGGACCGCGACCAUUUCGCCAACAAGCUGGUAUACUACCCCAUCCUGCUCCCAGAUGUCCGCGAUGAGUACCAGGGCGCCAUGCGGCGCGCCAUGGAGAUGCUGGACACCAACACCGUCCUGUGCGUGGGCGAGGCGGGCUUCGGCAAAACGCCGUUCAUGAUGUCGAUGGCCAUGGCCAGCGCCAGGCACAACGCCGACGCGGAGAACAGGGCGACUGGCCGCGCCGACGCGGUGGCCGCCGUGCGGACAGCGCCCGACAUGGAUUUUUUCCGCGGUGAAGUCGGGCAGCGCUGGGUCCCUUGCAUCUUCGACGACGGUGACCUGGCGGAGCAGAGGCCCAAGGUGUUGAAAGCAUUCUUCGACACCACUCAGGCGGAGGCCAUGACGUACGUCAGGUGGGGGGCGGCGAAAUUCGUCCGCGGGCAGGCCCGCUUCGGCGGGGAGAACGAAUACGACGCCAGCGCAGCGCCGACAGCUACGCAGUGGGCGCUGGCAUCCACAGGCGCCGACGCCGCCCAGAAGACGACCGCCAUCCUGACCGACAUGCUCAAGCCAACGUUCCCGAAGAACUUCUCGCCGAGCAAUGUCGGCGCUAUGCUGAAACGCUGCACCGUGUUCUUGAACACUCCGACUGACAUGUUCUUCAGGCUCGCUGGCACCGAGAGCCGCGUGGAAAAGCUCCCGUUGAUGGAUGGGUACCUCAAGCCCGAGGCGGGCAAGAUGCUGCGCUCCUACUUGGCCCGCGGGGUCAUGCGCGACGAGGAGGAGUUCGACAGGGUCAUGGCUUACGAGAAGAAGAUGGUCAUGGAGAUCAUGGCAAAGCGCGGCGUCGAGUACGGCGUCCCCGCGGAGGCUGCAGGCCCAGAAGAGGAGGACCCGUUCGGCUUGGGCGGCUCCAUGAUCGGCGAGCAGGCGGAGGCGCCCGCGGCCGCCCCUGUCGUGCCGACGGCGCCGAUUAAGCGGGAGCCUUCCAAUGUCUUCAGCCGCAACUUGCGCCAGAACGGGCCCGUCGAGAUCGACCUCUGCAGCCCCUCCCCGUUGAAGAAGAAGGUGAAGUUCGAGUCGGGCACCGUCCCGCUGCAGAAGGUGAAGCUCGAGCCAGGCUCCAGCGACGCGGUGGGGCAGGACGAGUUCGGGCAGAAGCCGCCGAAGCCGCGCAAGCUCUCCCUUGUCUUGGGGGACAUCAUGGCUCAUGAGCUGAACGGCGCGGCGGGGCUCUCGCCAGACUCUGACGUCGCGACGGAGCAGGGCGCCGUGUCACUCACCCAGGCUCUGGAGGAGCACUCCGCAUACUUGACGACCAAUUGGUCGAGCGAGAUGGCCGCCAACGGCGAUGCCCGACGUGAGUGCCAGCGCCUCCAGGUUCAGUUUGAGGCGGGCGUCGACUCGCUCGCGUACCAUCGCGAGUGGUGUUCGCUGAAGUACCAGGCCUUCCAGGAGUUGCUUCCCCUGUGGCAGGCGCGUUCUCUGCUGCAUGACGAUGUCCGUGCGCGCGUCGCCUCUUUCCUGGUCCCCACUGAGCCGUCGUGGACGUGGAUUCCACGGGCGGCGCUGGUCCGCGCGGACAACGACCCUGUGCUGCCGUACGUCUGCUGCUUAGCGAGCAUGGAACUCCUCCACUGGAUGCGCCCCGCCGCGUUGGCGGUCGGCUUCCCCGCCGACGCCGUGCCCGCCUCGCAGGAGGGCGCGCGGCUGCGGGUCAAGUGGCGCUUGAUGGAGAUGCAGAUGUAUUGCAUCUACGACGAGCUGGGGGACGUCAGGGCGAAGAUGGCGACGCUCGACAAGACCAUCGAAGGGCUGAGCCGCAUGCGGCCGCGGGGGAUCAGGCGCGCCUGCCCGUUCCUGGCCAGGGUCGUCGGCCAGAGCCGCGCCAUGGCGCCUGGGCGCGUCUUCCCUGCGCCUAAGCGGGGCAAGGCGCGCGCUGUCCUCAAGACGGGGAAGCCCAAGCGGAAGGCCCCGAAGCACGCGGGAAAGACAACGGCGAAAAAGACGGCGCCAAACCAGAGUGCGAGGAAGGUGCCUUACGUGCGGCACGGCAAGAGAACUUGCACGUCCAGGCCGGAGCGCGUUGCUUUCAAGAGGAACGCGUUCGAUUUCAUACGCGCAAGUGACCGCGAGAUCGUCGACAUGUUGCUCGAGGACCAGGUCUUGGAGAAUUUGGAAGGCCAGACGUGCUCUUUCUGCACGAAAGGAACCCUCGGCCCCCUGAAGGACGUCCAGGGCCGUGGACCGCGGUACCGCUGCAACCACAAGGGUUGCCAGAAGUUCUCCUUGCCCCAGAGCGGGCGCAUGGUCUUCAGCAGCGGCUCUGGCGUUGCCGCGGUGCCCUUGCAGGAACAGUCUGCCGUGCUUUUCGCUGUCGUGAACAACGUCCCCCUUGCCAAGAUCCAUGCGCUCACGGGCAAGAACCACAAGGCGAUCGAGAGCAUGAGCAAGUUCAAUGAUGCGUGCCGAAAGAGCGACGUGCAGCAGCAGGAGAAACUGAUUUCUUUCGGAGGAAAGGGGCGGACGUGGAAAGAUGUCGAGGCCGAUGAGGUCGACCUCAGGGGCGAUCUACUGCCUGAUCACGCGGAGCGAGCUGAGAACGAGCGGGUCCAGUGGGAGCAGUGGGGCGGUGUCAUCGAAAGAGGCAAUCGCAAGACAUUGGUGUUGACGCGCCUCAAGCCAAGCCUCACCAAGCAGAGGGCGCCAGGCCCAGGCGCGAUACGCUUGCCUGAUUGGACGCCGUUCGCUCACAAGAACUUGAGCAACAGGAACGUUGUGCUCCACACGGACGGGGCAAAAACGUACAAGGUCAAGGUCGAGGGGAUGCUCCACGACCACGUCGUGCACCAGAGGAAGCGGCUCGUGAAGAAUGGCAAGCCCGUGAAGAAGAACGGCCGCCAGGUGUGGGUGAAACCCACGUACGCCAAGAAGUUUCAGCAUAAACUUCCUGGUGGACGAGUCCUCAAGUGCAAAGGCGGGACCCAGAUCAUCGACAGGUUCUGGCAGCACUUGCGCGGCUUCAUCAAGACCAGGAAGAGCUCCGUUGGCUCGGUGUCAUUGAACGCCAGGGUCCGAUCGGCCCAGUGGGCGUACUGGCAUGCCAACGAGGACCUGUGGCUGGAGACUGGCAAGAUGUUCAGCCGCUUGAGGGGGAAGUAG